AAAUGUGAAGAGUAUCUGCAGCUUCAAGCUCUAUAUAAGCACACAAUUUUACACUAUUCUAUUAAAAUAUCAAAUCUUUCCAUUGCUCAUCAAUGGCUUCACAUUACAAUAGUAUUCUCUCUUUCUUAUGGCUUUCUUUUAUAACUUUCUGGCUCUUCAUCAUCCCCACAUUAGCAGAAACAGACAAUUAUAUCGUUCACAUGGAUUUAUCUGCCAUGCCCGAAGUCUUUUCUAGCCAUCAUAGCUGGUACUUGGCCACUCUUUCUUCUGCUUUUGCUGUCUCUAACAGCAGAAACACCAUUAAUACUACUCCUGCACGACCUUUCUCUUCUAAACUUCUUUAUUCUUACACUCACGUUAUCAAUGGUUUUAGUGCUCAUCUCUCUCUUUCUGAGCUUGAGGCAUUGAAAAACACUCCAGGAUACAUUUCUUCCAUUAGAGACUUACCUGUUAAACUUGACACAACUCGUUCGCCUACAUUUCUUGGCCUCACUGGCAAUUCAGGGGCAUGGCAACCCACGAAUUUCGGUGAAGAUGUGAUUAUAGGAGUGGUGGAUACAGGUAUAUGGCCGGAAAGUGAGAGCUACAGUGACAAUGGAAUUUCAGAAAUUCCAAAAAGAUGGAAAGGAGAAUGUGAAAGUGGUACCGAAUUCAAUACUUCGUUGUGUAACAAGAAGCUGAUUGGAGCUAGAUUUUUCAACAAAGCUCUAAUUGCCAAGACUAACGGCACCGUAUCUAUGAAUUCAACGCGUGACACAGAUGGCCAUGGGACCCACACUUCGAGUACUGCGGCUGGGAAUUUUGUGCAAGGUGCUUCUUUCUUUGGCUAUGCGUCAGGAACUGCUAGUGGUGUGGCCCCUAAAGCACAUGUGGCCAUGUACAAAGCUCUUUGGGAUGAAGGUGCUUAUACUGCUGAUAUAAUUGCUGCAAUUGAUCAAGCAAUUAUUGAUGGAGUUGAUGUCGUGUCCAUUUCUUUGGGCUUGGAUGGCGUUCCUUUGUACGACGACCCUAUUGCAUUGGCCACAUUUGCUGCUGCUGAGAAGAACAUAUUUGUGUCCACUUCUGCAGGGAAUGAAGGUCCUUAUCUUGAGACAUUACACAAUGGUAUUCCCUGGGUGCUAACUGUUGCUGCUGGUACUGUAGACCGUGAAUUUAGUGCAACUGUGACACUCGAAAAUGGUGCUUCAGUCACUGGCUCAGCUCUCUAUCCUGGAAAUUAUUCUUCUAGCCAGGUUCCAAUUGUUUUCUUGGAUUCUUGUCUCGAUUCAAAGGAAUUGAAUAAGGUUGGUAAAAAAAUCGUGGUGUGCGAAGACAAGAAUGCUUCCUUAGAUGACCAAUUUGAUAACCUGAGGAAAGUGAAUAUCAGUGGAGGUAUCUUCAUAACGAAUUUUACAGAUCUCGAAUUAUUCAUUCAAAGUGGGUUUCCAGCCAUUUUUGUAAGUCCAAAAGAUGGAGAAACUAUCAAAGAUUUCAUCAACAGCAGCACGAGCCCACAAGCAAGCAUGGAGUUUCAGAAAACAAAUUUCGGUAUUAAAUCAGCUCCAAGUCUUGCUAGUUACAGCUCUAGAGGACCAUCACCAAGUUGUCCAUAUGUCAUGAAACCUGAUAUUAUGGGUCCUGGCUCUUUAAUCUUAGCUGCAUGGCCUCAAAACAUCGAGGUGAUGCGCCUCAAUUCUAAACCACUGUUUAGCAACUUCAAUAUAUUGUCAGGAACAUCCAUGUCUUGCCCACAUGCAGCAGGAGUGGCAGCACUUUUGAAGAAUGCACACCCAGAUUGGAGCCCGGCCGCAAUCAGGUCUGCGAUGAUGACUACUGUUGUUACAAUGGAUCACACUCCUGGGCCUAUCAAAGACAUUGGCAAUAAUAAUCAGCCUGCGAGUCCUUUAGACAUGGGUGCUGGUCAGGUUAAUCCUAGCAAAGCACUAGACCCUGGUCUUAUUUAUGACCUGAAGUCAACUGAUUAUGUGAAACUCCUCUGCGCAUUAAACUUCACUGAAAAACAAAUCCAAAUUAUCACAAGGUCAUCUUCUAAUGAUUGUUCUUCACCAUCUCUGGACCUUAAUUACCCCUCUUUUAUUGCCUUCUUCAACUCGAACGUCUCUAAAAGUUCCACAGUGCAAGAAUUUCACAGGACAGUGACCAAUGUUGGAGAAGGAAUGUCAACUUACACUGCAAAUUUGACACCCAUUAAUGGAUUAAAGGUCAGUGUCGUUCCAGACAAAUUGGAGUUCAAAGCCAAGAACGAGAAGCUAAGUUACAAAUUAGUGAUAGAAGGUCCAACAAUGCUUAAAGAAAGUAUAAUUUUUGGAUAUCUUAGCUGGGUUGAUGACGAAGGUAAACACACUGUGAAGAGUCCUAUAGUAGCUACAAGACUGAGCUCAGACUUAGUUUCGUCUUAGAAGAUCUAACUUUAAUUAUAAUUGCUUGUAUACUUGAAAAAGUUAACCGACUGGCAUUAAAUAAAAUAAUAUUGCUGCAUUCA